GGGCCCGCCCCUGCCCAGCAGGACACUGAGUCACCUGGCAGAGGGCACGGGCGCCCAGGCAGGCAGGAGCAGGAGGCUUCCCAGGCCCUCCACAGCCACUGCCCAACGAGGACAGCCAGGGGAGACAGGCAGCCACACUCCUGUGCCCCCGGCCCGGGGAACAGGGGAGAGUGUGCUUGUGGGUGAGGGCCCUAAAUAAAUUACAUGUGUAUUUAUUUUUAAAUUGUGGGUUAUAUCAUGCAUGGUUAAGAGUGCAUAAAAUGUAUUUAAUUUAAAGAAUUACUGUAUAGUGACCACCACCCAGGACAGGAAAGGCGACCUUGUUAGUGCCCCUGAAAGCCACAGUGACACACAUCCCUGCCCCUCCACCCAGAGGCAACACCACCCCAACCCGCUCUGCUUCCCUUGUGCUCUCAGCACCUUGAGACGCCACGGAGAAGCGAGCUGGUGCGGCCGUGUCUGAAUCGGAUGUGGAUGGCUCACCACAUUUCUUGCUUUACAGGUUCACAUGCCCUCCAGGGAUUUACGCGUUCCACCGCUGAGGGACAGCUGACUUCCCCAGAUUUGGGCUGUUCGAAACGACCCUGAGGUGCAGGUUUUCACCGCGUGUCCUGGGGACCCUGCGAGGGUGUCUGGGGUGUAACUGCUGGGUCACAGCAGACACACGUUUUCAACUUUACUGGAUACCGUCUCUCUUCUUCCAGAGGAGUUUCUCCCAUCGACACCCGCACCAGCAAUGCGAGCUCUUGUUGCUUCCCCUCCUCCCCGACACAUGGUAUUUUCAGGCUUAUUAAAUUAUUAAUCUUAAUGUUUCGUUGGAUGAAUGAAUCAAUGACUAGAAAUUCGGCCACACCUGCCUCAUUGCUGCCACUGCCCAUGCCCGUCCUCUGCUUUCAAGAGUCUAGAAGCUUCAGAGUCCUCCUCCAGGGCCUCCUCCAGAUCUGCCUGGUGACUGUCCCACACCAAGAGUGAGGGGACUGGCACGGUGCUCUCCGCAAUGGAUGGGAAACUGAGGCCCAGAGCAGGGAUUGCGGGCCGGGUCCUCGCCUCCCCAACAGAGGUAGUGACCAGGGGCCUUAGACUCCCUUCCUGGGGUCCCACUGAUGGAAGACCCUCCUCAGCCCCACCUGGACAUCCCAUCUCCCUCCCUCUCUGGGGCCCUCAACCUUACACAGCACGAGCGACAGCCCCCAGGAAGGUGAAGACCAAGGAGUGUGUGACCCGGGGCGGAGCUGGGUGCUCCCCAGGGAGGCUAUUUCAGGCAGACUGGGCCCCAGCACCAGGCUGAGCAGCCCUGGGCACAGGUGGCCAAACACGCAGAGCCUGAGCUGGGUUCAUUCUCUGCGUGGAAGCUCUCGUUCCCGUUGCUCUCACCCCUGGCUCGGCUCCCAGCACCAUCCAUCUAGCCCAUCUGUGCCCUCCUCUCACCGGGGCACCAGCACCCCAGCUGCUGAGACCCGAUCGGGGUGAUGGGUGGGGCAGUGCGCUCCUCAAAGGACCCUUUCGGGUCCUCCCCAGAGCUAUUCCUGGCAGAGGCGCCUCCCCACCCCCCAGUUCCGCCCCCCCCCCCAUCUGACCCCACAGCUGGGAAUCGUUUGGCUGGGGGUGGGGCGGCCCCUGACUAUAUAAGCCUGGACCCACGUCUCCCAGGCACCCUGGAGGCCCCGACCCUCCACUGCUGACCCCUGCACACAGUGGCUUGACCCCCGAGCCAGUCUAGCAAUGACAGAAAGAGCCACCUCGGAGGUCCCCACAGGUGGGCCGGAGGAGACCACUUCUGAGUCUGCCAAGCUGCCCACCACAGAGCCCUCGGGAGAGGCAGCAGCAUCGGAGUCGGCCGGGGAAGAGCAGACUCCCAUGCCACAGGAGCCUGCCCCUCAGGCCCCCGCAGCCACCAAACCCGCACCUGCAAGUGAAGAUCUCCCCAGUGCCCCGCUGCUGCUGGCCGUGGAGGAUGUGAGUGACAGCGCAGUGACUGUGAGCUGGGAGCCCCCCGAGCGGCUGGGGCGGCUGGGGCUACAGGGCUACGUGCUGGAGCUCUGCCGAGAGGGAGCCUCGGAGUGGGUGCCCGUGAAUGCCCGGCCCAUGAUGGUGACCCAGCAGACCCUGCGGAACCUGGCCCUGGGAGACAAGUUCUUCCUGCGCGUGGCUGCCGUGAGCUCUGCAGGCGCCGGCCCGCCGGCCGUACUGGACCAACCUGUCCACAUCCAAAAGAGCAUUGGCCUUAGGGGAUUUGGGCCCCUGUAUCUCAGGAGCGAGAUCCCACAAGGAGGCAGCCCGAGGACACUUCCAGGAGCCCUCCUGCCCAGCAGCGGCCUCCCCAGCUGUCCCCCACCCCUGCGCCUGCCACCGAUGCCUCCAGUCAGCAACCCCACUGCUGUGCUAAGCCUAGACUCUCGCUUUGAUGCAGAGGCCCCCAAGAUCCGUGUCCCCCGCCACCUUCGUCAGACCUACAUCCGCCAGGUGGGAGAGGCGGUCAACCUGCAAAUCCCCUUCCAGGGGAAUCCCAAGCCUCAGGCCUCAUGGACCCACAAUGGCCAUGCCCUGGACAGCCAGCGGGUGAGCAUCCGCACUGGAGACCAGGACUCCAUCCUCUUCAUCCGCUCGGCCCAGCGCUCCGACUCAGGCUGCUAUGAGCUCACAGUGCGCCUGGAAGGCCUGGAGGCCAAGGCAGCCAUUGACAUCCUGGUGAUUGAAAAACCUGGACCCCCCAGAAGCAUCAGGCUACUGGACGUCUGGGGCUGCAACGCUGCCCUUGAGUGGACACCACCCCAGGACACAGGCAACACAGACCUCCUGGGCUACACAGUGCAGAAAGCAGACAAAAAGACAGGGCAAUGGUUCACGGUGCUGGAGCGCUAUCACCCAACCACCUGCACCGUCUCCGACCUCAUCGUGGGCAACUCAUACUCCUUCCGGGUCUUCUCGGAGAACCUGUGUGGACUCAGCGCCUCAGCCGCUGUCACCAAGGAGCUGGCCCAUGUCCAGAAGGCAGACAUCGCUGCCAAACCUAAAGGGUUUGUUGAGCGAGACUUCUCAGAAGCCCCAUCAUUCACCCAGCCCCUGGCUGACCACACCUCCACCCCCGGCUACAGCACCCAGCUCUUCUGCAGUGUCCGAGCAUCGCCCAAGCCCAAGAUUAUCUGGAUGAAAAACAAGAUGGACAUCCAGGGCGAUCCCAAAUACCGUGCCCUCUCCGAGCAAGGCGUCUGCACCCUGGAGAUCCGGAAACCCAGCCCCUUUGACUCCGGGGUCUACACCUGCAAGGCCGUCAAUGUGCUGGGCGAGGCGUCUGUGGACUGCCGGCUGGAGGUCAAGGCCUCAGCCACACACUGAAGAGCGACUGGAGGAGGCUGCGAUGAGGAGAAAGGUGCUGCAGGCCUGGGGACCGGGCCACCAGGCCCAGAACCCAGCUCCACGGAGGCCCCAUUUCCACAGUGACACCUGAUUGCUCUGCUCCCAGACCCACCCGCCAUCCCCCGUCCCCCCCGAGGCUGGAGCCCAGCACCCAGGAGUGGGCCUGGCAGGCCCCAGGCCGGGCUUCCUGGGCACAGGGGGGCCUGGCAAGUGCUGGGACUGGAGCGCCCUGCACACAGUGCCCACUGGGCAGGAGGCACUCAAAUAAAGUUGUGUGUGUCCUGUG